AUGGAUGACACUUCAUACCGCGAAAGGCAGACGCUGUCGACCAUGUCGCUGGAUCAGGUGAUGAUCCCCGGCACGCACAACAGCGGCACCUACAAGCGUUCCCGCAACAUCGUGUUCAAGCUGGUGGCCACGCAGGAUGAGGACGUCUGGUCGCAGCUGAUGUUCGGCAACCGCUACCUGGACCUGCGCAUCGGGCACCGGCCCUCCGAACGAAAGCCGUUUUGGAUCUACCACGACUUCUUCCCCGUGAGGCCCAUCAACUUAAUCAUCAACCAGGUCAAAUGGUUCAUGAACAACAGUCGCGAAGUUGUAAUCCUCGACUUUCACCGCUUCCCCGUCGGCUUUGAGAGCAGCACGGUGCACGACCAGUUUGUGCAGUAUCUGAUGAUGGAGCUCUCCCGUUGGAUGGCGCCGCGGGUGUAUGACGUCACCAUGGGGGAGCUGUGGGCCUCCGACAAGCGGCUGAUCGUGUCAUACGCCGACUGGCAGGCGCGAAGGAGGAACGAGUAUCUCUGGCCGACCAUACCGCAGGCCUGGGGCAACAAGCGGUCGGUGUCGGAGCUGUACGGCUACUUGCGGCAGCAGAUGGUGGAGCGCGCCGGAGGGCCGCAGUGGGCCGCCAUGGCCGAGCUGACGCCGUCCCCCUGGGACAUCCUGAUCCCCAACCGCGGCCUGCGGGACCUGGCGGAGAAGGUCAACCCCGAGGUCACCAAGUGGUUCCGCGACGAAUGGUGGCACAGCGCCAGCGUCGUGGCCACCGACUUCUUCCUCGGCAACGACAUGGUGGACGUGGCUAUCGAGGCCAACAUCAAGCGGAAGCAGUGCGUAGCCGGACUGGGCCGCCGCUUCGGAGCUGGUCGGUUCGGCGCCGGCCGCCGCAGGCUGAGGUUCGCCAUCGACCAGGCGCCCUUCGGCAGAGCCGUCUGAGCGGCUCCACGGCGCCGACGCAUGGCCGCGAGCAGGGAGUCGUACAACAAGCCCACGCGCUUCAGUGUCAGGCUAGAUGCGUUGCAUUUCCCGGGUCACUGUUCGGAGUGGCGACACGGUGGGUGUCAUGUGCUGGUGGCACCCCGCCCUUCCUCCUCGACUCUGCCUGAAAGAAGACCUGAGAGCGUACUGGACACGGACGAAGUCAUCCAGCAGUGGUCUGAUUGGCAUGUUUCCAGCUGUUGCACAUACAGUGACUGUGUGUCGCAUGGCUGUACAUGUGUGUUUGUAACUAGAUAAUCCUGUGUAUACCGUUACAGGCAAAAAAUGUUUGGGAGAAGUUCGUAAUAUUUGCUCGUGGCAGUAUGUUCAGGUUCCAUCUCCAGAGAUGUUAGCUCCACUGAUAAAUCAUGCCGACCGAUCCCAACUUGCUUACUGCAUCAGUCAACAAUCAUACAAAUAUUAACGUUCAGACUGUAUUUUAAGACGCGUUAUGUAUGUCAAUGUUCUUGGAUGUUGUGUCCGGUACAGAAUCCAAGAGUGCGUACCUUGUCAGGAAAUACACCAACACAACUCUGA